AACAACGCGGUAUUUGGCAAAACAAUGGAAAAUGUGCGGAAUCGUGUCGACGUUAAACUCCUAACAAAGUGGGGUGGUCGUUACGAUGCGGAGGCGAUGAUUUCGAAACCAAAUUUUCAUAGUCGCAGCAUCUUUUCAGAAAAUUUAAUCGCCGUGGAAUUGCGAAAACUCGAAGUGAAAUUCAACAAGCCAAUCUACGUGGGUAUGUGCAUCCUCGACAUAUCCAAGAUCUGCUUGUAUGAAUUUCACCAUGAAUACAUGCUGCCCCUGUACAGUGACAAGUGUAGAAUCAUGUAUACUGAUACCGACAGUCUCAUAUACCACGUCAAGUGCGAGGAUGUAUAUGAGACUGUGAAACGCGAUAUACACAGAUUCGACACGAGCGAUUAUCCGGUUGACAACGCGUAUGGCAUACGCUUGUAAAUAAGAAAGUACCCGGUCUAAUGAAGGACGAAAACAAUUGCGCGAUCAUGAUGGAAUUCGUGGGACUCAGAGCGAAAAUGUAUGCGUUGCGAGUCGAUGGUAAGAAGGAUACGAAGAAGGCGAAAGGUGUCAAAAGUAAUGUAGUAGCGCGAACAAUAUCUUUUGAUGG